UUAUGCUUCAAAGACUCAGUGCAAAGUGCAAGAGUGAGACUGAUAACCUCCGAUCGAUAAAGCUACAAGAGUACAAAGAUUGCCUUGAAGAAGAUCCAUUUGAGCUCCUUCGAGUUCUCGAAUCCUGAUUUGAUCCUUCAAAUAUGAAGGAAUAUAAGGAUUAUUGUAAGAAAUUACAAGAGGAAAGUGAGAAGAGACCCUCUCCAAUUCGGAAAGAUUGCAAAACUAAGAUUAUUUCUACCAAGAAGAAGACAAAAUGACUCACUAAUAAAAUGUUUGAUAGUGACUAUAAAGAGGUCAAACUCACUAAAGACCUUAAAUGCAGGCUAUACAAAUGGACAGAGUCCUUUUGAGGAUAUCAAGAACUGAAAGCAAAGUACCAAGUGAACCCAGAGCUUGUAUCUCUUGAUACUUACCACUACGAGUGUAAAGUUCAGUGGCUGAAGGGAUUCAUGCAAGGAAAAAUGACUGAGCAUUAUGAAAGAGUCAAGAUCGAAGGAUAUGAAGUUGAUACAGAACAGAAAGAGCAGGAUCUCAACGACAUCCUAGUUGAGAAAUCCUCUAAUGAUUCUACAUCCAGUUUUGAUAACCUUAAGAUUCUUUCUACAAAUAGUGAAGAUAAGUGCUUUAUCGCUCUCAAACAAUCAGAAGAAGAUGAGAGUGAUUUCCAGGAAGAGACUGAUACAUAUAAGAUCUUUCAGUAUUAUCUUAAAGAAGCAGAGGGCUUAGAUAUGCCUAAAGUUAUCGAUUUUGCUGGAGAUAUCUCCAAUGAUCUCGAUGAAUUUGAUGAUUGGUUCAAGUCCUUCAAAUCACUCUUAGUCAAAAUAAAGAACUUUUAUGGAUGUGCCCAUGACUUUUUGAAGCCUCAAAAGGUGCAGUGAUUAAUCGAAAUAGACAAAAUUCAAGAAUGUAUUAGCUCAGCAGAAGAUCUAGUGAUACCUCCUGUUAAGGAAUUGGAGUUCCUCCAGUUCCUGAUAGAACAGUAUGAUUUCUGGAUUUCUAAACUAGAGCGAUACCACAAAUUAUUAAUGAAAGGAUUUGAUCCCAACAGAUCUCUUCACGAUAAAAAAGCUAUCUGAAUAGAAGCAAAUAGGUUGAAAGAUAAUCUGAAUUUCUUCCCAGUCAUUAGAGAUUCUGAUCUUCCCAUGAUCAAAGAUAUUAUGGCUGUAAUUUUCUUAUGAACGGUUGAAGAUAUGCUGAAUGAUACUUCCAACAGAGUUGGAAGAUACCAAUAUGACUGCUUUGCAAUAGAGGUUGAUAUCUACCCUUCAGAACACUUUAUUUACGACCAUCCUGUUUAUCUGGAGUUUAAAGAGUAUUAUGAAUUUGCUUCUUUAUGAGAUGAACUUGCUAAUUCGGAUAAGAUUGCUCAGAAGAAUAAAAUAGAUCCUGAUAAAAGUCUUGAUAGUUUUCUAGAGAGAUGUAAAGCUUCGAAAAUAAACCUCACUGAUGAAAUGGACUGAAUUACUUAUAGAGUGGAAUGAUUUAAGGAGAACAGAGACAGACUUAGGAAGUUAUUGGAAGAAAAAGAAGAUUACACAGAGUUUUUGGCACUUGAGAAAAAUUUUGAUGAAUGAAUAUGUAUCUGAAAGAAAGAGAAAUCUAUUAUUAAGGAAAUUAAAAGAAAAGUAGAAAGUCUAGCACAAGAAAUGGUUAAUAACCUCUUUUAAAAAAUACAAAAGAAGAAAAAAGAAGAACAGCAAAAGUGAUGAAGAAAACGAAAUUUCCUUCAUAAAACGUGCUGAACUACUAAAAGCAUCCAAAAACACCAUAACCACCCCUCCCCAAUCCCGGUCUCCCUCCCAAAGCUCCUCCUCUUCUCUCACCGACGAAGACCCAAACUCUCUCACUCGUGCAGGAAUUCUUAUUGAACGUUACCAAGAUUUGGAAUGCAAGUUCAGCGAAGGCGAGAUUUUUCAGAACACAGUGGUAGAAGAGAUAGGAGCGUUUGAGAAAAUUUGUAGGAAGAUAGGGUUUUAUGAGAAGUAUUUGGGGAAUAAGCAUUCUAUUGACUUGGUAGAUGAAGAUACCUAUUUUGAAUUUAAUCCACGAGAAGAAGAUCCAACUCUGGCUAAGGAAUUCAAGGAGUCCCAGAUAGAGAGAAUAGGAGAUGCAGGCGAUUCGGAUUUUGAUGCUGAUGUUGGUAUUCAAAAAACAAUCUUGAAGGAAAUGUGGAAAAAGGUGAGAAAGCUGAGGAUAAAAUUAGCUUCCUUUUCAAUAAGCUUUGGUUAUAAAGCAAAUGAAAUCAAUACUGCUUUGGAAGCACUAGAAGUUAGAGCCUUUUCAAGGUUACUCUCUCUUCAAUUAAUGACCCAAGCUGACUCCUCUUGCUUAUAUGAUCAAUUGAACUCAGUAUUUGAAGGAGUGAAACCUGAGAGCUCCUUUCGAAAGCAAUAUAAACCUAAUGUGACAUUUAAAUACGUGAAAGAUACCUUUUGCAAAAAGAAUUACCUGAAUAAUGACUUAUUUUAUCUUGUCCCUACUUCAGAAACCCAGUUGUUUCAAAAUAUGAUAAAUAUAUUCUGUAAAUACGAAGCUUUAUGAAGAAAGAACAAGGAUUUAGACUACCUUCGAGAAUUCCAAAAAACAUCACGAGGCUUAUGAAUCGAUUUCUCCACCUUCAUAGAUAACUGACGAUAUUCUAUCAUAAGGCGUCUACCUAAAGAAGAUUGUGCCUCCGAUCAGAGUAAGAAGAGUAAAAAGGACAACAAGAAGGCUAGAAAUAAAAAGUCUGAGGGAUAUAAAACCAUGCAAUCAAAAGUUGAUGAUAAUUAUCAGUCUUCUAAAGACUCAAAAGGAUCCAAUACCCGGUCUAGGAAGAGAAGGAAGUUUGAAGACUCUUCAGUUUCUUCCUAUAAUUCAGGAACUCCGAUGACAAAUCUCCAUGCCAAGGAAGUGAUCAUUGUGAACAACUACUAUUGACCUAAUAUGUAAAUUGUUCAAUAAAACCGUUUUUG